UUUGUAGCUGGGUUGCCCUUCCUCAUCAUUGAAACGAGCACAAUCCAGCCCUACCAGCGGGGCUUCUACUGCGACGAUGAAAGCAUCAGGUACCCACAGAAGAAUGUGGAGACUAUCAACGAUGCAGUGCUGUGUGCUGCAGGUAUCCUCAUCGCCAUCCUCGCUAUUAUAACAGGAGAGCUCUACCGCAUCCACUACCUGAAGGAGAAAUCCCGCUCCUUUAUCCAGAACCCCUACGUGGCAGCGCUCUACAAGCAAGUGGGCUGCUUUGUUUUCGGCUGCGCCAUCAGCCAGUCCUUCACAGACAUUGCCAAAGUGUCCGUCGGGCGCUUGCGGCCACAUUUCCUGGCAGUUUGUGACGUGGAUUUCUCCGUCAUCAACUGCGCCAAGGGAGUUUACAUCCAGAACUACACCUGCAGGGGAAACGACAGCAGGGUCCAGGAAGCCAGGAAAUCCUUCUUCUCCGGGCACGCGUCCUUCUCCCUGUACACCAUGCUGUAUUUAGUGUUUUAUCUGCAGGCCAGAUUCACAUGGAAGGGAGCCCGCCUGCUCCGUCCCCUCCUCCAGUUCACCCUCAUCAUGAUGGCAUUUUACACCGGCCUGUCCCGCGUGUCAGACCACAAGCACCACCCCACCGACGUGCUGGCAGGCUUUGCACAGGGAGCCCUGGUGGCUUACUGCGUGGUGUUUUACGUCUCAGAUCUCUUCAAGCCCAAGACAAAGACUUGCCUGCCUCCACCACCCAUCCGGAAGGAGAUCCUUUCACCUGUGGACAUCAUUGAGAGGAAUAACCAUCACAACAUGGUGUAGAACUUCGAGAAAUCGGAUGGGUGUUGUAUUUUAUUUUAAUUUUUUUUUUUUUGGCAAAAAAAUGACUGCUGACAGCAACUACCUGCUGCUCUCAAAUCUCAUCAGACAGUAGAAUGUAGGGAGAGACUUUCUUGCCCGACCAGUAAAGUCUUACUCUGUGGUCUUUUCAACUUGCGACAUUUUGAUGAAAGGGGUGGUGGUGGUCAACUAAGGCAAAGGUGACAAUGAGAAAGAAAAAAACCACAAAACUCAAAAGCCGAACAAACAAAGAGAGGUGCCGGAGUUCUGGAUGUGCAAUUGGUUUGAGUGUUCAUGUUGUAGUGAACGCCAAAUUGUUCAUAGCCCAAUGAACACUAAGGGGUUUUUGGAAAGCUGGCCAUCCUAGGUUUUUUCUUACUAUGAAGAUUUCCAAUGCCUGCGAGAAAAAAAACAACUCAUGUCUAAAUUGUAUAGCACUAUAUACAAGCAACAGCACUGAGUCAAGAUCUGGGGUUGGUUUGUAAGAGAUGCUUUUUUCUCUUUUUGAUCCUAGUUUAUUUUUGCCUCCUCUAUUCCAUACUGUGACUUAAUUUAGAAGAAGCUUGCCCAAUCCAAGAUCUCCAAAGGGUCUCUGUUCUCUCUGUUCACACUACCUGCCUUUAACAAGCGGCCCUGAGACGCGCAGUGAGGCUGGAGAUCUCCCUCCUCCGCGCAGAGAAGCCACAUUUCUUCCUCUCCGCUCGCUCCCUGGUGAGGGUUCAUCCUGUCUGAACCCCCAACAUGGCCCUUCAUGAAAAGAGCAUCCUCCACUUCCUGGCCAUCCCCCUCCCCAAAAAAAUCACAGCAGAUUUUCUGUGUGCCCACGGGAGCUGGCGGUUUGCAAGUGGGUAGCGGCGGCUCUGCCGAAGACUCGUUCGCACUACAACCUCGGGGCUGAGUCCUGGGGAAACUUUUAUUCUGCAGUUUUGGGACGGGCUGCUGGGCGGCACGUCCUGGCCUGGGUGUCAGUCGGUUUGUGCAUCCCUUCCUCCUCCUCCUCCUCCUCCUCCUCCUCCUCCUCCUCUUCCUCCCUUGGGCACCCCGGUGUGCGCCAUGGCAGGUACCAGGUCCUGUGCUCCGCUGGGUCACACUGGUGGUAAAUCAGUUGUGCCGAUAUUGAGUGUGAUGACUAAUUUUUUUCGCCCAGAAACCACAGGUUCUUGGUUUGCAGCCCUUUCACCAAGCGCGUUUGCAAAGGGAUCCCGCAAAACAUGCAGAACGGCCAUUUGCACAUCCUUCUUACAGAAUCCGUCCUAUCAUUUCAACUUAUAGCAAGCUAUGAUUUUUUUUAUAUUAUAAAUAUUAUAUAAAUAAUGUAUAAAACCUUAAAAAUUAACUAUGUAAAAUAUUAUUUCUGAAACAAUUUUAGAUAUAUCCACUAUGACUAUAAACUGUGUCCUGACCUGUGUUAUUUACAUUUUGCUGCUUAAAAAAGCAUUGAAUUAAUUUUUUUAUAGUCGACUAAAAUAUUGUAGGUCUGUGGUAGUAAUAUUUUAAUGAAAAUAACUACAAUUAGAGACACUUGUAUAAAAAAAUCAUAUUAAAUUGUCUGUAUUUUUGUAAUGUUCCAUUUUGUAAAGAGAAGAAUAUUCAAAGACUUUUGUAGAAUACAAAACUGAAGUUUGUAUCUGCGAAAUUAUUGCUGUAUAAAUGUGCUUUUUAAAUAAAAGCUCAUAACACAACUAAACAUCCU